AUGUACGAAGCACAAAGUGUCGUAGAUGCUAUUACACGGUGUUUUGACGAUGGCACCUAUUCCGAUCUGAUUAUCAAAUGUCGUAAUCGAUCUUGGAAUGUUCAUCGUCUCAUCGUUUGCUCUCAAUCAAAAGUUUUGCAUGCAGCAUGUAUGACAGGCUUUAAGGAGGCAGAUACAGGUGUCAUUGAGUUAAAUGACGACGAUCCAGUCUCCGUUGAAAUAAUGUUAAAAUACUUCUAUACUGGUACAUAUGACGAACAAAUCGUUGAGGGCAAAAAGCUAUGUUUAAAUUUAAAGGUUCAAGUUUUGACAUACAACUUGGCUGAUAAAUAUGACGUACCCAAUUUGAUGGGGCUUUUGAAGAGGAAGUUCGAAUCAACUCUUAAUGCAGGGCCUGUACUCGAAGAAUUCCUAUCUGUCGUUUCAGAUGUUUAUGUUAUACCUACGUCAACCAAUAUCCUAAGACCCAUCAUUGUCGAAUAUGCUAGAAGGAGUUUUCGAAGUAUGAUUCAAAGCGAUGAUCUUGAAAUCUUACGAGCCACACUACAGGAUGUGCCAGACUUCGCUUUCGAUAUACUUCAACUGUUCAUCAACAAUCCUCUAAGGGGUCAUUGUCGUAAUUGUGGUUCAAUUAAGAGUGCAGAAGUGCUCCAGGCGCGAUGUGUGGACUGUGGCAAAGGGGGGGUUUCAAUGAUAUUCUGA